AUGACUAACAACUGCUUAAAUGAUAAAGCACAAUUCCGUUAUCUCGAUAGCGAACUGCUAAACAAUAUUGAAACGAAUGGGACGCUGGUGUAUUCCCGAAACAGCGAAUAUAGCAGGCGUUGGGCCGUCUGUAAAGGCGUGUCAUCUGCUGCCAACAAUCCAGACUAUCGUUUAAAACAAACAAAUGCUGGAAGUUUAUUUCUUUACAACAUGGGCGUAUGUGCUGAGCCUUCAACAAAAUAUGUAGCGAUGAAGCCCUAUUGUGACACAACAGAGCAGAAGUUUACUUUCGGUUAGUGAAAUACGUGAGGUAACACUGUAAAAUUUAGCGGAGAAGUCUCUGUUGGAAUGGACCUUUCCCCUCAUAACUAAAAUUUCGAUCUAGACAAAAAUUUUAUCACAGCUUGAAAGAGCAUCACAAAAUUAGUAAUAUUCCAAAGUUUUGUUGCAAAAUCUUGUAAAAUGCGGAUAAUAUAGCCUUGCGAAGUUUGCCGUUUUUCAGUCAUUUUGUAUCACAAACGGGAAAUUGACAUCCGAUUCGGGUGUUGGGGCUGCAAUUUCUCGUUUGUAAUGCAAAAUGACUGAAAAUUGCAAACUUCGCAAGGCUCUAUUUUCCUCAUUUUACAACAUUUCGCAACGAAACUUUGGAAUAUUACUAAUUUUAUGAUGCUCUUUCAAGCUGUGAUGAAAUAUUUGUCUAGACUUGCCUAGAUCAAAAUUUUGGUUAUAAGGGGAAAGGUCUAUUAGGGUCUGUGAAUUUUUUUAUGCACUCAUGCACUCAUGAACCAUGUGAAAAAUUGCUCGGAAAUACGAUUUCCUAAUAUCGUGGACUGGGUAUAUAUAGCGGAAGUUAUAAAUCGAUCGGAAGAGAUCGUUUUGUAAAUAAAAUGAGUGAGAAAACUACACGAGAAAGCGAGAAAAGUACCAUUAUAUUGUCUUAAAACUAAACUAUUUUGAUUUGAUAUGAAUAUACAUCAUAUUGGACGCAUAGAAAUUCAUAACAUGCACUACAUCUUUUUGACCGCAGAAUAACACCGCAAAAAUGUUGGCUCGUAAUUGUGCUUUUGCUUGAUGGGAGCUAGCUGUAAACACCAGGGAACAUGGUUGUGCUACUUUUAAUGUUAGCUAUAGUUAGUACGAUCGUAGGCCUAUAAUUAUAGUUCACCAAUCAAAAUCGACUAUUUUAAAGUUAACAACUAUUUAACUACAAAAUAGCUAAAGUGGUUUUAUCAAACCUGGUGAAGCAAGCAAAGCAUAUUUGGAUUAUACCAUGUUGAUUGGAAAAAGUCCCGUUUUAUAUUUGUGCAAUAUGUGGGUUGCAAAACACCUUCAUAUCUCGCUAUGACGGUACAUCAGGAAAUUAUAUAUCUACAGUUUAUCCAGAUGGACAGGAAACAGAUGACUCACACUUUACUGUUAACUCUGCUUUAGGUUCGGUAACCAACUACGGCACCAAAAUGGAAAAUGUUCAUUGUUCUCCAAGACAACACAUGGCAAUUAAGAGGGCUGAUUAUGGAGACUUUAGUAAAAAUGGUGCCUUUAAUGACAAUAAAAAUAUUGAUAUGUCAUGCAGCGCACUAACCAAUUGUCAGGUGAAAUCUCGUUGUGGUGGAAAGAGAUCCUGCGAACUGUUCUUGGACAAUAACUUACUACCAUCACCAUACUGUUCUAAUACUUCAAAAGAAAUUUACACCGAGUACAAUUGUGUGGAUAGCGAUAGGUCAACCAUCAUAACUGCAGGUAAAAUGGAUACUUUUAAAUAUAUAAGUAUUUAACAGGAGCCAGGAUGUAAUUCUUUACUGCAUGCAUGGGUAAUAUAAUGGAAUACAGUGUGCAGGGCGUCUUUGCUUAGCUUUUUCUCUUCGCUUCUUGUUACUAUCUAUUGCUGCGCGGUUUUCCAACGAUAAAUGGGCGACAUAGUCGCAUGGUGUGAGAUAAGAUCAUUUAAAAGUACGUUGUUUUCCAAGAGUAAAUUGACUAGUCUUUCAUUCAAAAUUUAUGUUUCAGUACCUAACAUCAGAUUAACGGGUUUGCCAUACCAAGGUUACAUCCAAGUCAACGAUGGUUCAACUUGGAAAUACGUUAAUGAAAAACAUUGGGAUAAAAUUCGUCAGAAAAUGCUGUGCCAGCAUUUGGGUUUUAAAGAAACGGACGCGAACCCUAUUUAUAUUUACGCAUGGUCUCAGAGAAGUUAUAACAUUGCAACUGGGAACUUAAUAUGUUAUAACAUACAGCCCAGUAAAACAUCCUGUUGUAUCCGUCUUGUUCCUUCUACAUCUAAUCCCGCUCCUGGCUUGCCAUAUGCAAAAUGUGA